AAACUGAACUGUCCUGCUGAGUUGUUUGUUUUUUGACACCCCCAGAGAUUUUCUCGUAAAUAUUACUCUUCAAGAGAAACGGUAUUUUGUGAUUUUCUCUUCGCGUUAACGAUUAUCCGAUAUUUGAUUUCCUAACAGUUCACAGGUUCAGCAUGCAUUUUUAUCUCUAAGGCAGCUCUGAGAUCACCAAUAAUCUGAUAAUUUGUUUUUCAACGAAAGAAAGUGUGUGUCACAUAAUGCCAGAAAAGUAAAUCUUAUGCUACGAGCAAUGUACGAUUUCCAAGCGCCGUACGACAGUACACUGACAUUUGCUGAAAAUGAUCUUUUCGUGGUGUUGAAAAGAAACAACAAGGAUCACGAAUGGGUCCACGUUAUCAAACUGAACGGAGAGAAUGGCUAUGCACCUGCCAAUUACCUCACGGUAGCCGAUUGUACCAAGAUAGAAGAAAUCAAACACAUUGAUGAUAUUCUAGUUCGGAUUGCUUCUAGACGCACAGUCAGUCGCGACCAGGCGGCCGUCGUUGAGAAUCUGAAAGAGUCGCGAGAAAAACUGGCAAAAGAAUUGGAAGAUUUAGCAGCGAAACAAAUGUACGAAUUGACCUCACUAGUCCGCCAGAACACGAAAUGCACGUUCCGGCAAGCGCAAGGAGCCAUACUCGAAACUUUGAAAUACUUUCAAGAGAACGUUCUUCCGAUCCCGGACGGAAUCGAUCGCAUUUUGAAUACCGAUAUGGAGAAGAUUCCCAUGGAGAUCCGCCAGUGCGGAGUAGAUAGUCAACACUUGGAUCGGCUGGUCGGCGCCAUCAUGGAAUUCGCCUCCGAUCAAGAAACUGAUGUCUCGGAAGAAACUUGGAAUGAAAUGUUGAAUCUAAUCACUCACGCCGAUCCCGCUCUGUUGAUUUCUGCUCUUGAACGUCACGAUUGUGCCUUGAUCCUUCAGCUGGUUCACCGUUUGCAAGCCGAAACGUCCUGGAGAAAGCGGAAACCCAUUCUGGCCAUUCUGUUCCACGCUCUGCAGUUACUGCCCACUUUCGUGAACGUUGCCAUCAACUCUGUGCUUCCUUCCGAAUUGGCCAGGGACAUUCAGACGACCUGCACUGUCCAGGACACCAAUAAAGACCGGGUCUACUGGUCGAUCCGAGUUCUAACCGUGACCUUAUGCUGCCAAGAACCUCUGUCUUUCGCCCAGCAAACCGAGCUCGGAGAAAACUUGGUGGAACUUCUAGUCAAUCUGUUGGAAAAUGAAUCCGUAUCGAUAGCCACGACCGAUGAAAGAGAUGACCAAUGUUUGACAAUCACCACGGCAGCCAUGCAUUUGAUUUUAGCCCUUUACCGGCAGUUUAAUAUCGUGUCUUUGGAGAACAACCCAGUUCUGCUCUGUCUAGCCAGACGGAGCAUGUGCGACAGCCUUGUCGAAAAGAUUAUAUUACUCUACAAUAGAGAAGAUGAUCCCAUCAAAAAAUACGUUGGAGAUGAUAAUCAAACAGACGCUGUCUCCAACUUGAUGCUUGGACUAUUCUCAGGAGCCGAAACUGCCAAAUUGUUUUACACGGCCGAUUUGAAUGUGUUGCUCGAUGUCAUUUUAAGACGACUCGCUGAUUACGGUCCCGGAGAUAAGAGACGGUCUGAUGCCUUGCAGCUAUACUACGCAAUCCAACGGGUCAAAAGUCCCGAAUACAAGAAACUCGAUUUCGCUAAAUGUUUAAAAGCCAUCAGUGAAGAGUCAGCCAGACUAGGUUCACCUUCUAAAGCUAUGCAACAAGAUCACCACAAAAUACUUCAAAUUUAUCACGAGUUUCCCGAUUUUAUGGAUAUGGUUUAAAUCAUUUAAGUAUACUAAUUCGAAACAAAACAAAAAAACUAGUCCAAAAUACAUAUAACAUGUUUCACCAUCAAA